AUGGAACAACUUUAUGACAUGAUGGUAGGCUUCGAUGUGCAGAGGAUGCUGCUGCGAUGUGUACCUUAUCUAGAAUCCAUUAAACGGAGUCAACAUGGUCUUCUGAAGAUACUUCUCACACCAAGGAAGAAGCUUCGAAGACCUCCUUCCACAGAGCCUACCUUGACUAACACUGAAGAGGCUCCUUCACUUCAAUGUCUGAACUGCCUGCGGUUUCAGGAUGAUCCUGAUCUAAAAUAUUUCAUAGGAGAUCCGGAUGAUGCUAUGAAAGAGCCAGAAAUGUUGGCUGACAAACAGUUGUGCAUUUUUGAAGCCAAUGAAAAAGGUUUUGAGAACUAUGACUAUUCCCCGCAGCAUAAAAUAACGUGUUUCAGUGUGUAUGACUCAAAGGGCCAUCUGUGCCCAUUUGAUACAGGCCUGGUUGAGAAGAAUAUAAAACUCUACUUCAGUGGAAUAGUGAAACCAAUCUACGAUGAAAACCCAGGCCCGGAGGGUGGUAUCAGAGCUGAAAGGCUUGGUCAUAUACAAAGAUGGUGGAUUACUGGUUAUGGGGGAGAUAAAGCUUUCAUUGGCUUCACAACAGCUUUUUCUGACUAUAUUCCGGUAGAACCUAAUGAGGAACAUGCUCCCAUUUUUGCGCUGAUGCAUGAGAAGAUGUACUUGAGUAAAACUGUUGUGGAAUUUUUACAGACAAAUACUGAAGCCACUUAUGAAGAACUCAUUCAUCAAAUAGAAGUGACUAUCCCAAGGCCUUGUAAUGGUAGAAAUUUUAGGCUUCUGGGAGAGGUUAUGAGCACUAAGAUUAAACCACCAACUAAAGUCACCACCACCAAGCUUGUCUACCAGAUCUUUGAUUCCCUCUUCUCAGAGCAAAUUGACAAGCAAGGAAGAGAAGAAGAAAAGGAAAGCUUCAUGAGACGUCCGUGCUGUGGUAUCUGUGAGAUUUGCCAACAGCCUGAGUGUGGAGCAUGUAAAGCCUGUAAGGAUAUGGUUAAAUUUGGGGGCAGUGGGCGCUCCAAGCAGGCUUGUCUACGGAGGAGGUGCCCAAAUUUGGCUGUGAGGGAAGCAGAAGAGGAUGAAGCGCUUAAAGAGGAUAUUUCUUAGUCGGUAUCACCUAAGAAAAUCCUUGAAAAGAAGGAAAAGAAACAAAACAGGACUGAGAUCAACUGGCUUGGAAAUCCAAUCAGGGUAGAUGGAGCAAGAAAUUACUAUCAGAUAAUCUACAUUAAUCAUGAAAUAUACCAAGUAGGAGACUGUGUAUCCAUCAGUCCUGAUGACCCCACCAAAACGCUAUGCCUAGCCAGAAUCACUGCAUUGUGGGAAGAUAGCAGUGGACAGAUGUUUCAUGCUCACUGGUUCUGUGCUGGGAUAGAUACUGUCCUUGGGGCAACAUCAGAUCCUCUGGAGCUCUUCCUGGUAGAUGAGUGUGAAGAUAUGCAGCUCUCUUACAUCCAUGGCAAAGUGAAUGUGAUUUAUAAAGCUCCCUCAGAAAACUGGUCCAUGGAGGUAGGCACGAACCCAGAUAUGGAGCUCAAAAUGAUCGAAGACAAUGGCAAAACCUAUUUCUACCAGAUGUGGUAUGAUCCAGAGUUUGCAAGAUUUAUGACGCUGAAGGUCGAACCUGCAAAGCGUGAAAAAUACAAGCUCUGUGCAAGCUGUGUCCAUCUGUCUGAAAUGGAAGAAAGGGAAAUCCCCAGAGUGAUGGAGCUUUUGGAAGAGCUAGAAGAUAGGAUAGUCUAUGGCCUGGCAAUAAAAAGUGGGGUGCAGUACAGGACAGGAGAUGGAGUUUUCUUAUUUCCUAAGGAUUUCUUUUCUUUUAACUUCAAACCUCCACCUCUAGCCAAGAGAUUGAAAGAGACGGUGAAUGAGGAACAAUAUCCAGAGUUCGAUCAGAAAUAGUCAGAAUACGCUAAAGGCAGCAACCAGAAUGCUCCCAAGCCAUAUUGCAUUGGCAGCAUCAAAGAAAUAUUCUGUGACAAAAAAAGCAAUGGAGAAGACAUCAAACUCAGAAUUAACAAAUUCUACCAAUCAGAAAAUACCCACAAAUCAAUGAAAGCAAGUCAUCAUGCAGAUAUUAAUCUGCUCUACUGGAGUGAUGAGGAAGCGAUUGUGGAUUUCAAGGCUGUGCAAGGCCACUGUGUCAUAGAGUAUGGGGAAGACUUAACAGAAUGUAUUCAGGAUUAUUCUGCUGGCAGCUCAGAUCGCUUCUAUUUCCUUGAGGUGAUGACUAUAAAAAUAUCUGAAACAUUGUGGGCCAUUGAAAUGUGGGAGCCUGCGGCCCAGGCAUUUCGUCUGAAUAAUCCGGAGACCACUGUGUUUACAGAAGAAUGUAAGGUUCUCCUGAAGCUGGUUAUGUCUGGGGAGAAGACCAACUCCCUGGGCCAGAAGCUGCCUCAGAAAGGAGAUGUAGAAAUGCUGUGUGGUGGCCCACCCUAUCAAAGAUUUAGCGGCAUGAACCACUUCAACUCACGCGCUUAUUCCAAGUUCAAGAAUUCCCUAGUAGUCUCCUUCCCCAGCUACUGUGAUUACUACAGACCCCGGUUUUUCCUACUAGAGAAUGUAAGAAACUUUGUGUCAUUCAAACGUUCCAUGGUCCUGAAGCUGACUCUGCGAUGUCUAGUUCGAAUGGGAUAUCAUUGCACGUUUGGAGUAUUACAGGCUGGUCAGUAUGGUGUGGCUCAAACUCGAAGAAGGGCCAUCAUCCUGGCUGCAGCCCCAGGCGAGAAACUCCCCAUGUUUCCGGAGCCCCUGCAUGUAUUCGCACCCCGAGCCUGCCAGCUCAGUGUAGUGGUAGAUGACAAAAAAUUUGUUAGUAAUAUAACAAGAAUGAAUUCUGCUCCAUUCCGGACCAUCACUGUACGUGACACAAUGUCAGACCUCCCUGAGAUUAGGAAUGGUGCUUCUGCCCUGGAUAUCUCCUACAAUGGAGAACCUCAGUCCUGGUUCCAAAGGCAAAUGAGGGGCUCACAGUAUCAGCCCAUCCUCAGGGAUCAUAUCUGCAAGGAUAUGAGUGCGUUGGUAGCUGGCCGAAUGAGACACAUCCCCUUGGCCCCAGGAUCAGACUGGCGUGACCUGCCUAACAUUGAGGUCCGUCUCUCAGAUGGCACUACAACCAGAAAAUUGAGAUACACACAUCAUGAGAAAAAGAAUGGACGCAGUAACACUGGAGCACUCAGAGGUGUCUGCUCCUGUGCAGAAGGUAAACCUUGUGAUCCUGCAGAUAGACAGUUCAACACCUUGAUUCCAUGGUGCCUGCCCCACACUGGGAACAGGCACAACCACUGGGCAGGACUCUAUGGAAGGUUGGAAUGGGAUGGCUUCUUCAGCACCACAGUGACAGAUCCAGAACCUAUGGGCACGCAGGGUCGAGUACUUCACCCAGAACAGCACCGAGUAGUAAGCGUACGGGAGUGUGCCCGGUCCCAAGGAUUCCCAGAUUUCUACAGAUUGUUUGGCAACAUCCUAGAUAAACACAGACAGGUCUCUUCUUCCUUCUGUGCAGGUGGGAAUGCAGUGUCUCCACCCCUCGCCAAAGCCAUAGGCCUGGAGAUCAAGCUCUGUGUGUUGGCUGUAAAGGGUGAAUAUUAUGGUUAAGACUGAAAAAAAUCUAAAUUUAAAUGGUCGCCAAGGGAAAUCUCAAAUAAUAAAAUACCCAAGUCAGCUGCCAAA